AUGGCCGGCUAUUUAUACGUGCUACCUAUCCAGCUUCAGAUUCACAGCAAAAUUUCAGCCAUGAAUAUGAAGAGGUGCCUCAGCGCUUGCAUUCUACUGAUGCUUUCGCUCGAAGGAGCCCUCCUCGUCGUCGGCCGACCCUCCCAGGCCGCCGCGGCCGCUACCACCAUUCGCCUCCCCAGCGACACCCAAGCAGCGGCGUCGACGAGGCCGUGGGACUGCUGCGACUUUGCACAGUGCACCAAAUCUAUCCCGCCGUACUGCCGUUGCAGGGACGAGGUGGACCAUUGCGCCGCCACCUGCAAGGACUGCGCAGCCUCCACAUCGGACCCUUCCCGCCACAUCUGCCAAGACAUGUUCAUCGGGUUCCCCGGGCCCAUGUGCACCCUCGAGGCUAACAACGUCGGUAACUAGUGCUCACGCCCUCGCCGGCGCGCGUUCAUCGCCCGAUCGCCGCUGACAGUGGUGCGUGUUGCUCGUCUAUAUCUUCACGGAUGCGUGAAAGAAUAAAAUAUAGGUCGCCUCUUGCAAUAUGUAUGGUGUGUCAGCCAACUAUGAAUAAAGACGGUUUAAAUUCACGUGCA